GGUCGAUACCUUAUUUGGAAGUCAACAACAAUCGAAUCAGUAUCAUCCAUCCGGCUUGAUCCUCAUCCCAGGCCCUAGUAUUAGUAUAGGACAUUGGCCUCAGCAGACGUAACUAGACUGCAGAGAUCCUGCCAACCUGUGUAGUCCAAAAUGAAAGCCGCUUUGAAGUUGCAGUUGGUCUUUAUUCUCCAGGCAGUUUUUUUCUGCUUGUGCUCUGGUCAACUGUCUGCCAUUGUGAGUUUUAAUGGUCGUGGAAUAACAGGAAAUAUCACCUUCACUGAGGUGCUGGAUCCACCCAGCAUUAGAAUUACGACUGAUCUCGAUGGACUUAGAGGUUCUCAUGGGUGGCAUGUUCACACUCUGCCUGUGGACCAGACGGCAUACCCUACCGUGCAGUGUCUAAGCACUAUGACUGGUCCACAUUAUGACCCAUUUAAUGCCAAUAACGACAGCAACUACAAUACCAGAUGUACUCCCAAUUCUCCUCAAUUAUGUGAGUUAGGAGAUCUUUUUGGGAAGUUUGGUCCUAUUCCAGCUGGUGGGAUGUUGACAGGUGUAGAUAGCACUGGCCUUGCACUGGAAGGGCGUUACUCUAUUGUUGGUCGUAGUGUUGUCAUCCAUCAUCAUUUGGAUAGCUCCAACUUCGAGUGUGGAACAAUUCGCUAUAUGGAUGAGCAGUCAGAUAUGGUUACAACACUUCAAGCAAGAUUAAUCAGUCCUGUUGCUGGUACCAUCUAUCUAAGACAAAUGACUGGUCGUAACGUUGCUAUAUGGGGUAAAUUGUUUUGGAUCAAUGACAGGAAUUCAAGUGUGGACCACAACUGGCAUAUUCACGAGACUGCACCAGGGGAGGAAUAUCGAAUUGGAAUGUGUAAUACAACAGGCAAUGUAGGUCCACAUUUUGACUUUAAUUCUAACUACACCCAAGAUUGCACUCCUGCCUCACCUGGAGCUUGUGAAAUUGGUGAUUUAACUGGGAAGCACGACAGGGUUAUCGUAGCUGCAAAUCCCUCACCGUUUGCAGCAAAUUCCUUUUUUUAUACUGACACUACUGUUGUUUUGACAAAUGUAACCAACAGAUCUAUUGCCAUCCACAUGGAAAAUCGAGGUGUUCCAGUUGUGGCGUGUGCCCCUUUAGUGCAAAGUGAAGAACUGGUUCUGUUCAGUUACACAGAUGGUGUCCUCACUUCAGACUUCAGAGUUGCUCAAGUCAGUGCAUUUGAAGAUACUAUCAUCUACCAAAGCUUUGGAAGUGAAUUGUCCAAUAUAUCUGUGCUUCGAUCGGCCCUUAAUCCUCUUACAAACUGUUUCGCUGAUGAAGAAGUAUAUAGUCCCUAUCCAGUUGUUGCUGCUGAAGGCGGACGUACUCCAGAUAUGUAUGCACUGGGAGCAUGGGGAGAAAGGUACUUAUAUGAUCUUACAAAGUUGAGUACAAUUGCUGUAUUUGAUGUACCUGUACAUGGAGGCAACAAUUCCGUUUCUGGGAAGUCUGUACGGCAGAUCUUUGAAACAAAUAGCCGAGUGUGUAGUGCUCUUUUGCCACGUCUAGAUGAUCAGGUUAUCAUGGCUAAAGCAAUGUUCAAUGGAUUGAUCAAUGGGGCUAUCUAUUUGAUCCAAGAGAAUUUUGGAUUUGACCAGCUUGGAAACACACACAUCAUAGUUGAUAUCUACUAUGCUGCACCAUCCAUGAUGACCAGUGGACAUAACUGGCAUAUUCACGAGCAUCCCACACAGCAAGAGCAAGAUGUGGAUUGUGUAGAUACUAUUGGCGGCCACUACAACCCCUUCAAUGUAUCUCUCGCGAACACUAAUGAUGGAAUGAGUCCAAGCCAAUUCAGUAAUUAUAGCGAUGACUGCAGUGUUCGCUACAAUUUGCGGUGUGAAAGUGGAGAUUUAAGUGGGAAGCAUGGAAAACUCUCUAUAUCUUCUGACGUGAAAAGCAGACCUGUUGUUUCUUUUGUGGACUCUAAUUUAGCCUUAACUGGCUCCUUCUCUGUUAUUGGGAGAUCUAUUGGUCUUCAUAGUUCUGAAGGACCGCUGUUUGACUGUGGAAAUGUUCAAAGAUCCUACAUUUCAAGCACUGUUGUCUCUAUUAGAAUGGAUGCUAACCGAAUGCUAAGAUCUGAGAUUGUUAAAAAACUGACUAGAGAUGACAAUGUCGAUCCAACCGAUGUGCUUGUGAUAAGUCAGAGGAUAUAUCGUCUUGGUUUUGGAUUCAACUGUGUAAACAUAUCAGCACGUAUUCUUGGCUCUACCCAGAACGCAGCUAACAGGAAUGCUGAGAUCCUGAAGAUGAGGGCAUCUUCAUUUACAUGUAACAGCUCAGCAACUGUUGCACCUCUCUCAAUUUUGGUGAUGAUAGCAUGUAUAUGGCUUGGAGUCACCUUUUAACUGUCGUUGAACACUAAGUUUUUUGGGAGUAGUUUACACAGGAUUUAUUACUUAAUUGUUUUUAUACUGAAUAUAGCAUGUAAACUUCUUGUCUAUAUAAAAUUAUAGCUCUCUGAAUUAGUAUUUUUUAUCAGUUGUUUUUACUCAGUUGUUGACUGCUAUAAAAUUAUGGUUUGUAGAGUG